GAAAGGGACAUCAGAGAGGCAGGCAGGUGGUUGUGGCAAAGGGCAGGGCAGAAGGUGUAGGCUGCCUGGGAGGUGGCUGAGGACGCCUGGGACCUCGGCCGGCCUUUUGAAUGAUGGCUCUCCUGCCGCCCCGUCCAGCACAUCUGAGGGUCCUGGUGGAAUAUGGCAAGGAGCGCGGACGUGGUAGCCAUGGACUGUGAGAUGGUGGGGCUGGGGCCCUUCCGGGAGAGCGGCCUGGCUCGCUGCAGCCUUGUGGACUACCACGGCUCCGUGCUGUACGACAAGUUCAUCCGGCCCGAGGGCGACAUCACUGACUACAGGACCCCGGUCAGUGGAAUCACAGCUCGGAACAUGGAGGGGGCCACCCCGUUUGCCGUGGCCAGGCUGGAGAUCCUGCAGGUGCUGAAGGGCAAGCUGGUGGUGGGCCACGACCUGAAGCACGACUUCAAGGUGCUGAAGGAGAACAUGGGCAGCUACGCCAUCUACGACACGGCCGCCGACCGGCAGCUGUGGCGCGAGGCCGGCCUGCAGUACUGCCGGCGGGUCUCCCUGCGCGUGCUGAGCCAGCGCCUCCUCGGGCGGCGCAUCCAGGACAGUGUGCUGGGCCACAGCUCGGUGGAGGAUGCCAGGGCAGCCAUGGAGCUCUACCGCAUCUCCAGGAGAAUUCGAGAGCAGUGAGGGCUGCCCGCCUGGUGGAGUCUAGCCCCUCCCCGAGGACAAGAGGCCUUCUGUCUCUUCGGAACAAAACCUCUGUCGCUUUUGUAAAAUACAUUUUUAGCAAUAAAAUAGCUCUAU